AUGGCAGCCGGCCGGCUGGAGGCGCAGGACCACCCGCCCGAGAACGGCUUCACCCCGCUAGAGCACCCGGUGCCCCGGCUGCUGCCUCACAUCGACGGCUCGGUGCUACCGUCCCUGGGGGGCUUCGGGAAGCAUCAGAAGCAGCUCGUGGUCCUGACCUGGAUCCCGGCAUUGUUCAUCGGCUUUAGCCAGUUUUCGGAUUAUUUCCUCCUGGCUCAACCCCAUGUCACGUGCUUGCAACCUCUCACCAACGAGACCAACUGGACCGCGGGACCCCCGCCGGUCACCGUCCCCGGUGGCGCGCCCGCGUGGCAUCUCAAAGUCAACGGCACCGGGGAGGGACUGGGCGACAGCAACGGUAUGCUGUGCGCGUGCAAGGAGUGGAGGCUCGAGCUGCAGACGGGACUUAGCCAGAAUGUGGUUACCAAGUGGAACCUGGUGUGUGACUCAGCCUGGAAGGUGCACAUUGCCAAGUUCUCUUUGCUGGUGGGCUCCAUAUUUGGCUACCUAGUGAUGGGUGUCAUGGCUGACUGGUUUGGUCGACACCCGGUGUUGAUUAUCUCGGUGCUUUUCAUGCUGGGGUUUGGUGUGAGUGUUGCCUUCUCUGUAAACGUCACCAUGUUCAGCACCUUGCGCUUCUUUGAGGGUUUCUGCUUGGCGGGCCUCGCUCUCUCCCUCUACGUGCUCAGAAUCGAGCUUUGUUUGCCAGCCUGGCGCUUCUCCAUGACCAUGGUGGCCAGUUUUCUGAUGGUGGUCGGGCAACUACUGAUGCCAGGGGUGGCUGCUCUGUGUCGCAAUUGGCCGGAUCGGGAUGACUGGCAGGUCCUGCAGAUUGUCAUAAUCAGCCCCUUCGUUCUGAUGCUGCCCUACGUCUGGCUUUUCCCUGAGUCGUUGCGCUGGUUGCUGGCCACCCAGCACUACAAGAGGUCCAAAGUCAUGAUGCUGAGCAUCGCCAGGAAGAACGAGGUUAACUUGACAACUGAGCCCAGUGGAGUUCUUACAGAGCUGGAGCAGGAGCUGCACAAGAAGCCCCAGAGGACCUGCAUUGUCAAGAUGAUGAGCACCAGGAACCUGUGGAAAAACAUUGUGGUGCUGUGUGUCAACUCGCUGACAGGUUAUGGGAUUCACCACUGCUUCGCCCGCAGUAUGAUGGACCCGGAGGCCCAGCCAAUUGCUCUGUGCCAUGCGGACUACUACACUAUGGCUGGCAUCGCCGUGGCAACCUGCCUGGCUGUUUGCCCCGCGGUGGGGUUGAUGGGUCGGCGUGGAGGGCUGCUCACCUUCAUGAUCAUAACAGCCCUGGCAUCGCUACUGCAGCUGGGAUUACUCAACCUAUUUGGGAAGUACGGCCUUCGCCACGACACAGUUCUGCGCGAUACCCUGAACAGGAAAUUCUCGGUGGCUUUCUCCAUCAUCGGCAUGUUCUCCUCUCAUGCAGUCAGCACACUCAGCAUAUUCUUUUGUGCUGAAAUUACUCCUACUGUCAUCAGGGGUGGAGGACUUGGCCUGGUCCUGGCCAGCGCCGGCUUCGGCAUGCUCACUGCGCCCAUCAUGGAGCUCCACAACCAGAAAGGCUACUUCCUGCACCACGUGAUCUUCGCCUGCUGCACCCUGCUGUGCAUCAUCUGCCUGCUGCUGCUGCCCGAGCCCCGGGGCCAGCCCCUGCCGGAGAGCAUGGCGGACGGAGAGACCUUCACCCGUCAGACGCUGCUCCACCCAGGAGAGCAGCACCUGCUUCUCGCCAAGACUGACGGGGACUACUCCCGAGUCCACGACACGCCGCUACACCUCACGACCACUGGGGGCGCUACGGUGGCAGCAGCAACCGCUCUGGCAGCGGUUCCUGCCUCCUACGCCCUGGCCACUGGAGGGGAGGUGAUUGGAAAUCAUGCCAUAGCCAAUGGAGUGUGAGCAAUAGCAAUUGUUGAAUACUAUUGCUCAAGCAUUAACUUGAACUGGAACAUUUUCAAGGGAGAAAAUAACUUUUCGAAUGAACCAGAUGAACUCUUUAACGCUGAGAUUUGAGACGGUGACGAUAAUACAUUUGUGUAGUUUGUAGUGACUAUGAUUCAUUCAGGAGUUGCCAAAAAUAUUGUACUGGACGAAGUUUACCUGAAGUCAGUGUGUGUUUGGUAAUAUGAAAGUCUUCAGUGGUGAUUUGUCUUGCUCUGUAGUCCGCUUUGUCGAGAAUGAUUUACAGGUGAAAGGAGCAGACGCAGGCAAGUGAGAAGGGCAAAGUGGAGCAGACUAGCUUUCAAUAACGUGUGCUCUGUGACUUUUCUGUUUGACGUUUUGACUCGUUGAGAGAGGAUCUCACUGCAUCUUAUAAUUCUUUAUAAGUUAUUUUUGCACUAUAUGUCAGAGGCACAAUCAAGUGUUUGGGAUUUUCGGGCCAACAUGUUGGAGAGUGGAGACCCAGGGAUUGGCUAAACCACUACCACUGUCUCUUUGCAUGAAAGGGCACAAAUUGUUUUACAUGUAUUUUUCUUCUUAUUUGUGGUCCCUUUGCUCGAAGUCCAACGUGGCACUUUGUCCUCAGAGAUGAGGUCGGGGUGGGCACUGAUUUUUUUAAACAGAGCAUUACUGUUUCUGGUGUGGGUGUAUGAUGGUUUUCUCUUGUGCGGGGAACAGCCGGAGACCUCUGCAGAAUGUAAAUGUAGCCUGUAGCGACUGCUGAACAAAUCUGAGAGUUGAACGGACAUAAGUGUGCACAUGUCUUAUGACGCAUUUCAGCAUUUGAAUGGCUUUAUGAUGGCUCUGUUGUUUUGAACUAAACAGAGAAUGUAUUUCAAGAAAACCAGUAUUUAUUUUUGUCAUGCUGCCACGGGCAAUUUUGUUGCUUGAAAUACCUCCUUAACUAGCAAAUAUAUUUCCACUCCAACUCACUCGUUGUUCUCUGUACUGUGGUAAUGUUGUACUCCUGCUCCUAGGAUGUGUUACUCUAGCCAGAAAGCACAAUGUUUUACAGUUUUUUGAAGUAAACGUUUGUGAAGAUUAGAUUAGAGCAGUGUGUUCUGCACAGUCCUGGCCUAGUUGUUAUUAGUGUACAGUUAUACACUUUAUUACGUAAGUAUCCCUUAAGCCUGCAUUAAAAUGUAAGGUAUGUAUACAUGUAGUAGGGCUGCACGAUAUUGAAAAAAACUGACAUUGCGAUAUUUUUUUUCCCCCUGCGAUAUAUAUUGCGUUUUUUUUAACUAUAUUUAACCGGAUGAAGGAUUUUAGUCACGGACGUCUGGAUCUAAACUGGUUGACUCAUCGUACCUUAAGUCAUGAUCUAACAUGUCAUGAUAAUGCAUGCUGCUUACCCUCAAAUAAGGGGGUUCAUCUGUGAAUGACGAAGAGAAGAACCUUUUUGGAUCCAAAAUAGUUCCAGAUGGCAGAUGUUGCUUUUCUUUUUGGAAGUAAAUCUUCAUUCUCUCCGGUAUUGUCCUCCUGAGCCUCGCUCAUUUUUCACCGGUGUUUUGAUGGUCUGCAAACUAGCGGGGCGGGGCCUGCUGUGAUCUGAUCAAGAAUGAUUCUGAUUGGUGGUUUGCUGUGCAUGCAGAGCCUGCAUGUCACUCACUCAAGUACCCCUGACAUGAGAGCCGCGCAAGUUUUCCUUUUGUAGCAAGCAGCAAAAUAAUUGUAACAUGACGUGUUUGAGUUAAUUCACCUAAUAUCGCACGUCCUAAAAAAAAAAAAAGAAAAAAAAAGAAAUAUAUUAAUAAAAUCGCACGUCCCUGCGAUCUGAAUAUCGCGCAUGCGCAUAUCGCGGUUAUCGCCAUGACACGAUAUAUCGUUCAGCCCUAACAUGUACCAUUCAUUCAUAAUGUGUGGACCAUCGACUUUUAUAGGAUAUAAGCACAUUGAAUAGAUACACCAUUUCUGUCAUCCAAAUAUACGUGAAUCUUUUUUAAUCACAUUUAGCGCUCAGUACGUAUUUUGAACACCCUGUAUGGUUUGCUAGAUUGUAUGUUUUCGACAGUUAAACACUCGGAGAAAAAAAAAUAACUCAACUACUAAUGUCGUUUUCUAAGUGUUGUUUUUUUAAUAUGAUGCAUUUGUACAAAAAGCCAUAGGCCUACAUGUUUUGAUAAUAAACCACUUAAUUUAUUAUGUCAAUAAAAGAACACUUGAUGUGA